ACCCCACUAAGAAUAAAUAUUCUCACAACUCGUUGUACGCAACCCAUGGACUGGGCUUCAUAAUUCAGAAUCCAACCUUCAACGUUGCUCUCGCCCAAUCAAACAAAGAUGGACCGCAUUCGCAUCCUGCUGGUUGGAAAUGGCGGCCGCGAACAUGCGCUUGCUUGGAAGCUCAGUCAGUCGCCCUUGGUGGAGUCGAUAAUUGCGGUCCCGGGUAAUGGUGGAACGUCGACCUGCCCGAAGGUUACCAACAAUAACAGUGUCAAGGCGGACGACUACCCCGGUCUUGUAGCAUUGGCGCAGAAGCACAAUGUCAACCUGGUGGUGCCUGGACCGGAAGCUCCGCUGGUUGACGGCAUCGAGGGCUACUUCAAGGCAGUUGGAAUCCGGUGUUUCGGGCCCUCCAAAUUGGCGGCGCGUAUGGAAGGGAGCAAGACCUUCUCGAAGGAUUUCAUGAAGAAAUACAACAUCCCUACUGCGGCCUACGAGAACUUCUCGGAUUACGAAAAAGCGAAGAAAUACCUCGACAGCGUCGAUCAUAAUGUUGUGCUCAAGGCGAGCGGUUUGGCAGCUGGAAAAGGUGUCAUCAUUCCUGCGACUAAGGAAGAAGCACACGCAGCAUUGAAGGAGAUCAUGGUUGACAAAGAGUUCGGGUCAGCUGGAGACGAAGUUGUGAUUGAGGAGUUUUUGGAAGGUGAUGAGCUCAGCAUCCUUACUUUCAGUGAUGGUUACACGAUCCGAUCAUUACCUCCCGCGCAGGACCAUAAGAGGAUUUUUGAUGGUGAUCAAGGACCAAAUACUGGUGGAAUGGGCUGCUAUGCGCCUACAAAUAUUGCCACGAAGGAGUUGAUUGAAGAAAUUGAACGAACAGUUCUUCAACCUACCAUAGACGGCAUGAGAAAAGAGCGCUUUCCGUUCGUUGGGACUUUGUUCACCGGUUUGAUGAUCACAAAGAACGGCCCAAAAUGCUUGGAAUACAAUGUCCGCUUUGGAGACCCAGAGACACAGACGCUCUUACCCCUGAUAAGCAAGGAUACAGACCUUGCAGAAAUUAUGAUUGCUUGCACAGAAGGAUGGCUUGAUAGUGUAUCAGUCAAAAUCGAUGCGAAAUCCAGUGCCACAGUUGUUGUAGCCGCAGGCGGAUACCCUGGCUCUUAUGCAAAAGGCACACCUAUGAAGGUCGAUUCACCACCUGCCGAUACAAAUAUUUUCCACGCUGGCACAGUCAUCAAAGAUGGGCAGCUUCAAACUUCUGGCGGCCGUGUCAUCGCAGCGCAAGCCACAGCUGAGAAUCUGGAGGAAGCAGUGAAGAAGGCAUACGCAGGGGUGGAAUUCAUCAAAUUCGACAAGAUGUUCUACAGAAAGGACAUCGCACACCGGGCAUUCAAGCCAAAGGCUUCUACCAAGGAAGCGCUUACCUAUGCCUCGGCCGGAGUCAACAUUGACGCUGGUAACGAAUUCGUCGAACGCAUUAGGAAAGCCGUUGCUUCUACACGGAGACCUGGAGCCGAUGCAGAAAUUGGUGGCUUCGGUGGAGAGGUCGACUUAGCCAAGGCUGGCUACACCAAUGCACCUAUCAUGGUGGGUGCUAUUGAUGGCGUUGGCACAAAACUCAUGAUUGCUCAAGCAAUGAACAAGCAUGAUACUGUCGGCAUCGAUCUCGUUGCUAUGAACGUUAAUGACCUAGUCGUUCAAGGCGCAGAGCCUCUCAUGUUCCUCGAUUAUUAUGGAUGUAGUCAAUUGAAGCUUGAGAAUGCUGCGGCCUUUGUUGAAGGGGUCGCAGCCGGCUGCAUUCAGUCGAAAUGCGCCCUUGUGGGUGGAGAAACGGCUGAAAUGCCUGGCAUGUACCAGCGCGAUGACUACGACGCCGCUGGUGCUGCAAUUGGAACAAUGUCAAAGGAUCUGAGACUGCCGCAGAAAGAACAGAUGGUUGAAGGUGACAUUCUACUAGGGCUAGCGUCGAGUGGUGUACAUUCGAAUGGCUUCUCGUUAGUACGAAGAAUCCUGGAGAGGGAGAAGGUGUCAUACUCAGACAUUGCCCCCUGGGACAACUCAACUACAGUUGGAUUGAGUUUGCUAACCCCUACCAAAAUCUACGUUUGUCCUCUCCUAAAUGUCAUCAACAAGGGACUUGUUAAGGGGCUCUCUCACAUCACCGGAGGUGGCUUGUUGGAAAACGUUCCCCGGAUGUUACCUCAACAUCUAUCUGCUGAGAUCGACGUAUCCACAUGGCAGUUGCCUGCUGUCUUCAAGUGGCUGAAGCGUGCGGGCAAUGUCGCAUCUGAAGAGAUGGCACGCUCGUUCAACACCGGAGUGGGUAUGGUUGCCGUGGUCAGUGGAAGCAACGCACAGCAAGCCAUCAAGGAGCUCGAGGCAGCAGGCGAGACGGUCUUUACGGUUGGGAAGCUUGUACCUCGGACUGGAUCAGAUAAAGGCUGUGUCCUGAAAAACUUGUCGUCUUGGGAUUGAACAGGGUGUCCAAGGCGCAUGGGUAGAGAAAAGUAUUGAGCGGUACUUUGUCCGCCAGAGGGUUUAGAGCGCAAGUAGUUACGUUACCAUGCUUCAGAUGAACAAGAGACAGACUACAAGGUGUUCAUAGAACAAUUCCAUGAUAAUUGCUGUGGCUGAUUGCUUGCUAUGUGUGGCUUUUGCGUUGUCCAGUAUAGUAGAUCAGGAAGCUAAUAAUAGGUACCUGGGUCCUGUGU